AUGUCGAAACCGGGCGAUAAUUUGUACGAACGGGUACGAGAGGAACCGGCCUAUCAGAACACGGGCUCUUUGGCCGCCAACCGGGGUCUGUUUGGGAGGUUCGAUGUGAUCGGUCACGGUGUAGGACGAAUCGAACGUCACCUCAGCUCGUCUUGUGGAAACAUCGAUCAUUACAGUCUCGGGGGGCAUUACGCAGUCCUUGGCCACAGCCAUCUCGGAACCGUGGGCCACAUACGGCUUAAUCAACCGAACACGGGUGGCAACGUAUCCAACAGCACAUGUACUCCGAAUCAACCUAACUCGACAAAGGACGGAUCGUCGUCUUCCUCGUCGGUGAAUGUGAAAAGUUUCUUUAGCUGCUUGGGUGGCGAAAAUUCUCAGUCGAUGAACAAUCUCAACAAACCGUCCGCGAACGGCGAAGGGGUGACUGCUGCACGGGAAGGAGAAGCCAUAGUCACUACCAACCAAGGGAGCAGCAUCGUGGGCGGGUUGGCGAGUGCUGCUGCCGUAAGCGCAACAACGACGGCGACUGGCACCAUCCCCAAGAUUAACCGUAAAACGAAGCAAUCGCAUCACGCGGAACCAUCACCGGGAGGAUCGUCGAUGGUUGGAGCAGCUGUUCCGCUGGCGACACCGCCGCCGCCGCCACCACCAGCGGAACUACCUUGCGGUGAGCUAGCGAGUGGCGGUGGUGGACGCGUUACGAAACCUUCACUCCAGUGGCUGCUGGUGAACAAGUGGCUCCCGAUGUGGGUCGGCCAAACCCCGCCCGAUUACAAGUUUAUCGAUUUUAACUUUAUGUUUUCGCGCAACUGUGAUGGCUGCGCAUCGGCCGGAGGCGGAACUCAUGCCCGGUCACAGCAGGAACUGGUACGCUACGGACACUCACCGAUCGCCGAUUACAUUCCACCGGCACGGGAGUAUCCAACGAUGACCGGAAGCUAUCCGCGAGUGCUUCGCAAUACGCCCCAGCUGGCUCGAUUGCGUGAGCACGAGUACGAAAACAUUGUCCCGUCGGGUGAUGGAGCGACUCCGAAUGGGCCGAUGCGUCAUGCAUCGCGUGCAACCCGUCCGGUGGCCGGAUCGGUGGGUCGUUUGCGCGAGCAACAUCAACAUCAGUUGCCCGGCAUCGGUGCCGAUCCGUUCCGGACGUGGGCGUUCAACUUCGAGGACAACAGUUUUCGUCCGGCACGAACACCGAACGGUGCGAUACUUCAUCCGGCGCCUGCCGUCGUACGGCGCAUUACGGAUGGAACAUUCGGUGCGAAGGAACUGCAACCCGACCAGCAGCGACCCGGUCCAAGUGGUUUACAAUCUGCUGCCGCUGGGACCGUGAAACGGAAGGGUGAUGAAAAUGAGAACGCCACACGCCGGCUGUCCACGGCAUCGCUGUCCUCGUCCGAUUCGGACAAUUACGUUAUGGAGUCGUUAGCGACGGAAGUCGGUGGACUGGUGGCGGACGAUAGCAGCCCUUCGGGAGAAUUUCAAGCUCCGGGCGAGCAACUGGACAAAGUGGCGCACUCGAAGGACGGCGGAAAUGGUGCACCUUCGUCAUCGAACGAUUCUUCGGAGUCCGUGUUGAACUACGAACCGGAGGUAGCAGAAACGGCCGAUCGGUCCCUGUCGGAGGACGAGGUCGAAGUGGUCGUUUGUGAGCCAAAUGACAGCGAGAACUGUGACGAGCAAAACUUGGAUGAUGUGGCAAUGUAA